AAAACACGAUAUAACUUGUUAACGUUAACUGCUUAUAUUGAAGAACUAAUGGAAGGACACACACAACCAGAGUCAAAUUCGCACACAUACAUGGCGAAUAAAGCCGAUUCUGAUACAGCGGAGGAUUUACCCAAGAAGGCUGCCAUGGAUCCUGAAAGUGAAUCUAAAAAUGAACAAAAGUCAUUUACUGCUGCAAAACUUCCAAGGAUUAAGGAAAUAUUUAUGCAGGCUGAUACUGAUGGAAAUGCAGGACUGGAUAUAGAGGAAUUUUGUUCAGGAUUGAAGGAGGUCUUUGAUAUAGACAACGAUGAAGAACUCAUUCCCUUGUUCUAUCAGAUUGACACAAACUGUGAUGGAACUGUGGACUUUGUUGAGUUACUGGAAUUCCUGAAUAAUAAAACACAGGCUUCAGAAGGAUUGAAAUAUCAAAAUAUCUUUGCUAAACAUGUCACAGUGACACCUUCGAAUCACUAUAACAACAUUGUUAAAAUGAUAUUCAUUCCUUACUUACCAUGUGAAUCUGCUGAUCCAACAGGAGAACCCAGGACUUACCAGAGAGGUCAAUACAUUUCCAUUACCUCAGAUGGCGUCUUCACCAUCUGGUCGGACAGAUUUGACAAUCAAUCACAGAUUCUCUUGAACAAAAAAGCAAAGGCACUUCCAUUCUCGCAUCAUAAGAAGAUGAAAGUAAAUGGCAUGGCAUACAUGGAUGAAGUCCGACAGGUGGCUGUCACCACUUCUGAAAGGGAAGUGUUAUUCUAUUCCUGGAGUGAAUUCCCACAGCUGUUUGUAAUUAGUCACACUUUAAUUGUAGAGGACACAGUGUGCGCCAUAAAGUACGGGUCAGAUGGCACUAAAGCAGUGUUGUCCUUUGUGGAUGUAAACGGUUAUUUGUAUGUGUUGAUAUCCAAAAACGUGAAGAAAAAUGGAUUCUUCAGGACAGAGAUGUACGAGAAAAUCUCUCUGCAGGAUUAUCCAACUAUUUAUCUUUCAACCUUGUUAAAUCAAACCUCUCAAUACUUCAAAUGUGCUAAAAUCCCCAUCUUCAAUGACAUCUGCACACAGAUCCAAUACUUUCCAACAAUUGAUUCAUUGGCCAUCUGCGGUAGUUCAUCUAAGACAAUGGUCCUCGUUACCCUACCCACGACAGAAAGCGCUAAACUCAAGAAAACUGUCUUUCAGAGCCCUGCAGAUAAGGAGUUUUUCACCUGUGUUGAAUACUCGCCUUUAAGGGGGUAUCUGCUGACUGGUGGUACAGAUGGCUUAGUGCGGGAGUGGUAUGUCCACAAUACCAUGACGUGCAAACAGUCAUUUACAGGACACGUCAAACCCAUCACCCACAUUAUCCUCAAUCCGAAAGAUAAGUAUUUAGUCACUUUAUCUACAGACAAGAAUAUUUGUGUGUGGUCCGAGGAAAAAAUGCUUAUUUUGCAAAACUUCCAGGUUCAAGACAUGAACAUUGAACCUAUUGUCACUAUGUGUUAUAACACAUACAACAAUGAGUUAAUCCUAGCUAACACUGCCAUAGGAACAUAUAUAGGAAGAGGGACAGAUGUUUAUCAAAACGCAUUAACAUCCCAUGACAAGCCCUUGUGCUGUGCUCUCUAUCACAGCAUUUACAAUCAGGUGGUCUCUGUUUGCCGAGAUGGUGUGGUGACGGUGUGGGACAUCUUAACAGGAAUGGUCAGCGUACGGUUCAACCUGACUCAAGAUAAUCAUGAGGAGCACACUGCCAUCGCAUUGGAUGGACCGCAGCGCAGACUAAUCACAGGUUCUCAGGAUGGGAAAUUGAGACUCUGGAACUUUAACAGCGGAACAUUGCUUGCCAUUCUUCCUGUUACCUUACCAAAGGAGGUAACAGGUAUUGUCUGCUUGAAUGACAGGGUGUUUGUGUCGGUACGGAACUCCAACAUCAUUUAUGACCUAGAUAUGGAGGGUCGUGACAACAGAUUUUUGAAUCACCCUUAUUUAGAAGACAUUUCUUCAAUGGAUGUGCAUAAAAACACACUGAUUGCUGCCUCCAGCAAUGGAAAUAUUGUUAUCUGGAAUGCUGACAAUGGAGAUGUUUGCAGCUGGAUUGAUAGCAGUAAGAGUCCACAAAUAUUCAUGCCAGGCCAAAAAGAACAAGGCCAGACAGGGAGUCUGCGUUUAGAGAAAAAUCCCAAAAGAUCUCGGACAACAAACAGGACUGCUGUGAAAGCCCAACCACUUAUUAUUUGUCUGAAGAAAAGGGAGGUCAAAAGAGACACAGCAACACUGUUGACUUCUGCAGAUGGCUACAUAUGUGCCUGGUCUGUUAACCUCAAGGGAGGUUUGCUAGAAAAGUUCAGGGCAGUAAAUGAGGAAGGUGCCGUCAUUACCACGAUGUCGACAGAUGUCAAUGAAGACACUUUACUCACUGGGGAUAGCACUGGCAAGAUUUGUCAGUGGGACAUUCGCAAAUUUGGCUUUAAAAAGCCACCAAACGACGGGCCGUUUGAGGUGAUAAACGGGUGGUGGCACGUGUCAUUGGCUCAACCUCCUCUGUUGGGCUCAGGGCAAUGUCACCUUUCAGAGGUGGUGAGUGUUCAGUUUGAUCGCAUUGGUAAAGAGAUAAUUACUGCAGGGUCGGACUGCCAACUCCGCCUAUGGACAAACACAGGAACCCACGUAGGCCUCUUUGGGAAAGACAUAUGGGGUGCUACGCAACUCAAGGUUAAGAAGAAGGCCGACCAGGAGGAGGCAGCAAAUUCAGCCACAAUAUCGCUAAACAAUCAAAAGUCAGUCUUUGACUUACUAAAUGAAAUGCCCUCAACACCAAUACCAGACUUGACAGUGCCUACAAACAUUGAUUAUCUAAGUGUAUAUAAGAAUUAUACGAAAGAAGAAUUGGAUGCGGAACAUAGAGAGCUCAUGAAUUAUGUUCCUGGCUUGUCACCAGACUUGCAACCUGGAUCCCCUUUGCGACAAAGCAAUAAAAUAGAAAAAAUCCAAGUCAAGCAGCCUCCUGCCAAAUUAUCAGCAUGUUAUCAUAAUUCCUUGCCCGAUUUCAAGUUCAUCGCAGCUGACCUGAAACAAACAUCUACCAAGAUUAGGUAUGGGCGUGUGGACAUGAAUCAGAAGGGAGACACAAUAAAAGACAGCGUCCUCGCACCAUGUCCACCAAACAUGAAACCUUUGAAGAUCUUCCCAGGCUCUCUGCUACCAUCAAGCAAACUCAAGCAGCCUCCUGCAUAUACAUUAAGGCGCGUUCCAACAAUGCCUGAAAAGGUUGAGCUCGUGGAUCAAAAGACUCAGCUCAUCAGAGAAAAAAAAAUCCAAGUCAAGCAGCCUCCUGCCAAAUUAUACGCGUGUUAUCACGAUUCUCUGCCCGAUUUCAAGUUCAGCGCUGUCCCGAAACAAAGUUCUCCCCACACUAGGAAUGCGUUACUGGUCAAGAAUCUGAGUUUGCAAUGCAUGCCGCACUGUGUCAAGAACCUAACCCCAUGUCGACAAAGCCCUGUGAAAGCUACGAAGACCUUCACAGACUUGACGCUACCAGCAAGAAAAGUCAAGCAGCCUCCUGCAUGUACAUUAACGCAUGAACGCAUUCCAACCCUAGGUGAAAUGGUUGAGCUCAAAUGUCAACGGACCCAGCUCAAGCCACAGCCGCCCCCGGUCAUCAGAGGUGAAGCUGACCUGAAACAAAGUUAUCCCAACACUAGGUAUGGCCGUCUGCUCAAGAAGCAGCAGGAGAACACAAUAAAAGACAGGGUCCUCACACCAUGUCGACAAAGCCCUGUGAAAUGGUUGAGCUCAAAUGUCAACGGACCCAGCUCAAGCCACAGCCGCCCCCGGUCAUCAGAGGUGAAGCUGACCUGA